CAAAAGGUUGUGAAAGUAAUUUGCACAAUUAAAGACUCUGAAGCAGCACCAUAAGUCUAAAUAUUAUAGGCUAUAUAUAGGCGACCAAAUUAAAAGGCUUAGGCAUCAUCAAGGCAUCAAUAAUGGAAUCUUGUUUCUUCCUACUUCUUCUAUUGUGUUUCUGUUCUUCCAUACACAAGAUCUUUACAACUACAACAGACUCCAUCAAUACAAAUCAAUUCAUCACAGAUGGUGAAACUAUUGUUUCAUCCGGUGGAACCUUUGAGCUGGGAUUUUUCAGCCCCAGCGGUUCCUCAAAUCAAUAUAUUGGGAUAUGGUACAAAAAAAUUCUUCCCUAUGUGCAAACAGUUGUAUGGGUUGCCAACAGAGAAAACCCACUCACAAAUACAUCUUCUGCUGUUUUGAAGGUCAGCAAGCCAGGAACACUUGCUCUAUUCAAUGACAAGAAUGAGACAAUAUGGUCCACUAACCCCUCAAUGUCAGUCCAAAAUCCAGCUGCAGUUCUUUUAGAUUCUGGUAAUCUUGUUAUAAAAGAUGCAAAUGAUGGCAACCCAGAAAAUUUCCUUUGGCAGAGCUUCAAUUUUCCAACUGAUACGCAAUUGCCGGGUAUGAAGCUUGGCAAAAAUUUAAAAACUGGUCAUGAGGCAUACCUUUCAGCUUGGAAGAACGUUGAUGAUCCAACUCCAGGGGAAAUUACUCUCCACAUUGAUCCUACUGGAUAUCCACAGGCCCUCAUCAGACGUGGCACAAAGGUAUCAGGUCGAGCAGGAUCAUGGAAUGGUUUACGGUGGAGUGGAGAACCCACACCACCAGUACAAGUACAAAACAGAACAUAUGCAUUGCAAUUUGUUUUCAAUAAGGAGGAGGUUUCCUAUAGUUUUUCUCUCAUUAACAGCUCGUUGUUAUCAAGGCUAGUCCUGAAUAAAGAUGGUUAUGCACAACGGUCGACGUGGAUGGAUCAAACCAAGAGUUGGCAAAAGCUCAACAUUCCUCUGGAUACGUGUGAUACAUAUAGCUUAUGUGGUGCCUAUGGGAGCUGUAUCAUGGAUAGUUUCCCUGUUUGUGGAUGUUUGGAAAAGUUUGUACCUAAAUAUCCACAACAAUGGGAAAAGGGAGAUUGGUCAGAAGGGUGUGUUCGGAGGAAACCAUACCAUUGCAACAAGGAACAUGUAUUUCUAAAAUAUUCUGGAAUUAAGUUGCCGGAUACUAAGCACUCCCAGUACGAUAAAACCAUGACACUGGAAGGGUGUAGGCAAAUAUGCUCAAGGAACUGCUCUUGCACAGCUUAUUCGAGCCUAAAUAUAAGCAAUGGAGAUAGAGGUUGCUUGUUUUGGUCCGGAGAGUUGAUUGAUAUCAAAAAGCUCUUUGGAAGAGGACAAGACAUUUAUAUCAAGAUGGAUUCUUCAGAGCUAGUAUCUGAGGCAGGUUCAAACAGAAAGAAGACAGAGAUACUCGCGGUGAGUUUCCUGUUGUUGACGGGAAUGAUUCUGCUAGGACUGAUUUUGAUUUUGUACAUAUGGAAAAAGAAGAAGAAACUAAAACUCAAAGAAGAAUUUGAACUGCCACAAUUCCAGUUGUCGACAAUAACAAGAGCCACAAAUAACUUUUCGGUCAACAACAAAAUUGGAGAGGGUGGAUUUGGACCAGUUUAUAAGGGAGUGCUGGAACAGAGACAAGAAAUUGCCGUGAAGAGGCUCUCAAGGACAUCCAUGCAAGGACUUGAUGAAUUAAAGAAUGAAGUUAUCUACAUUGCCAAGCUUCAGCAUCGGAAUCUUGUGAGACUUCUAGGUUGCUGCAUUCAAGGGGAAGAAAAGAUGUUGAUCUAUGAAUACAUGCCUAACAAAAGCCUGGAUUCAUACAUAUUUGAUCAAACAAAGAAAAAGUUACUUGAUUGGCCACAGCAUUUCCACAUCAUCAACGGAAUUGCUCGUGGCUUAUUGUAUCUCCAUCAAGACUCUCGACUGCGGAUUAUCCAUAGAGACCUUAAAGCAAGCAAUGUUUUGCUAGAUAUAGAAAUGAAUCCAAAGAUAUCAGACUUUGGUAUGGCCAGAAGUGUUGCAGGAAAUGAGAUGGGAGCAAAAACAUGCAAUGUGGUUGGGACACAUGGCUACAUGUCCCCAGAAUAUGUUGUAGACGGGAUCUUCUCGGUAAAAUCAGAUGUGUUUAGCUUCGGCGUAUUGGUGUUAGAGAUUGUGAGUGGCAAGAGAAAUAGAGGAUUUGUGCAUCAAGAUCACAACCUUAACCUUCUCGGUCAUGCAUGGAAGCUUUACAAAGACGAUAGGUCCUUGGAACUAAUUGACAAGCACGUAGCUGACUCUUGCAAUAUUUCUCAAGUUUUAAGGUCAAUCCAAGUGGGUUUAUUAUGCGUGCAACGACAUCCAGAUGAUAGACCAAGCAUGUUUUCUGUGGUUCAGAUGUUGGCUAAUGAGAAUCUACUGCCAAAAGCAAAAGAACCAGGAUUUUUCACAGAACGAAAUGUAUUUGAUGAAGCAAACUCAGUAUCUCAUACAGGAAGUUCAAAAAUUGAAUUCACAAUCACAUUGUUAGAUCCUCGGUAGGUGUGACAGAAUAACUAUUUUGUCUUGCGUGCACAUGAACAGGAAAGAUAUUUUAGAACUUUGGUUGUUGAGAAAUACAGUAGUACUUAAAAUAAACAUCAAGUUGAACUUUUCUACUUGAAGAUGUUAUCUACUGAUGGAUGAAAUCUUCUUCUAUUUCUAUUGUUCACUGAAUAGAAAUAUUAGAUAUGUUUUAUAUCACAAAA